AUGAAAUUUCUAACCUUGUUUCUGGUCAGUUUAUUCUUUGCAUCUAGUUUCCAAUAUUCUACAGAUUAUUAUACAGAAUUAAGGAUCAGAGAUCAAAGAGCACUUGAUUUGACAGGUGCAUUAGUUGGAGUAGUUGAUCAAUUAAUUCAAACAGUGUCUGGUGCCUUGAACAAUUUACUUACAACCGUUGGAAAUUUGGUUUUAAAUGGAAUCACAAGUAUCGAAACUGCUAUUCAACAAGCUAUUGCGAAUUUUGUAUUUGAUCUUUUGAAAGCUAAGGAUGAAAUUGAAGAACUUAUAGGAGUAGGAAUCGUUGGAUGUUUUAGCGAAACUGAUGGAAAAUUUCAGGAUAUUAAAACUGAAACAAUUGAAGAAAUCACAGAGUGUUAUUACGAAGGAAAAGAUAUACUCACAUCAAUUAGUAAUGAUGUUGAAAAUUUUGGAUACGCCAAUCAACAGAUAAUUUCAAAUGUCAGAGCAACAAUAGAAGACUGCUUAAAAAAACCCUCAUUUGGAGAUAAGAUUACAUGUGCAGUGGAAGCAGCUGCUAUAAUACGUAAUUCAGUUGAAGCUUUGCUACAAAACAUUGACAAUACAGCAAAAUCUAUAACAUCUAAAAUUGAAGAUUCAAUCAAAGGAUCGUACGAAUGUAUUGAUAAUCAAAUUAAAGCAGGAGAGGAACAAAUUAGUGAUAUGUUGGAAGAAGUAAGAGAAUGUAUCGCACUUAAAUCUACAACUAUAGCCACAACGCCAGAUCAAACUACUACUCCUGAAGUUGGCACAACAACAGAUCCAGAACAAACUACUACUACUACUGAGGUUGCCACAACAACAGAUCCAGAACAAACUACUACUACUACUGAGGUUGCCACAACAACAGAUCCAGAACAAACUAUUACUACUACUGAGGUUGCCACAACAACAGAUCCAGAACAAACUACUACUACUACUACUGAGGUUGCCACAACAACAGAUCCAGAACAAACUACUACUACUACUGAGGUUGCCACAACAACAGAUAGAGAACAAACUACUCCUACUACUGAGGUUGCCACAACAACAGAUCCAGAACAAACUACUACUACUGAGGUUGCCACAACAACAGAUCCAGAACAAACUACUACUACUACUGAGGUUGCCACAACAACAGAUCCAGAACAAACUACUACUACUACUGAGGUUGCCACAACAACAGAUCCAGAACAAACUACUACUACUACUGAUUUUGAAUGA